AUGGGGAUACAUCACGAGGCUUUGCAGCCCCCGCAGCUAUUCUCGAUAGUGAAGGGCGAUGUCGCUCAGCCAAGCCAAAUUGAACUGGAUGAGGCUCUGGGAAAAAGCCGAGAAUACUGGUCUCUCCUCGCAUCAGUGGCCAAUGCCCAACGAGAUCAUGGGAUUCUACCAAAUUUCACAGACCCUCGCAAUUCCCUGCGCAGGGUCCCCAAAUUUCAAGCACGGCCGAAAAAGGUAUUCACCCGUGGAAGAAACCUCGCCAUGGAAGCCUCGUCCAUCUGGAAAGUGUCAAACCAUGGAGACUGCGAUGGACUCAAACCAGAAGUGUCAAGGCGUGCGUUUAUGAACCUCGCAGUCGAUAAGUCCGUAUCGGUUGAACUUGACGGUCAAGCGUUUAAUACAUGGAUCGGAACUACAGUUGAGGCACGUGCCAAUGCGAAUUACAUCGGCAUCCUCACUCUUGGCUGGAGCUAUAUCCUUUCUGCACGCCUCAUUGAGCUUCGAGGAAAGGGUGCAACUCUUCAGUACACAGAGUCUCAGGCCCAAUACAAUGAUGAAUGCACGCCUAGAUGCCCAACCACAUUUAGCCUUGAUAUCGGAAAGGUGCAAGACGAUGUUGCCCGAUGGUGGUCCGCGAUACUUGCCCCAGGAGAGGGCUGGAAGGCACUGGUGACACACAAUUCACGGGACUUUGUCAGUCCGUGGUCGGUCUCCCACGAUUGUGCGAGGCCUUUCUCCAUCAAACACGAAACGCCCGCGUCUGACUCGGUCUUUGUGCCUCUGUCUUCACAGAGAGCAUUUGAUGUGCUGUCUGGAUUUUCAAUCUUACAUGGACUAGAAAGUCAAUUUCCAAUUUCACUCGCAACGGCCUUGGCACUUCCGGUACAUCGCUACUUCGGGUGGACUGCCCACCUUCCAACGCCAAGAUUGGAAGAGCACAAGGAAACGCUAGGCUCUUCUUCCCAAAGUCUACCGCGAGUGUGGCAGGAAUGCCUGAGCAACAUAGAAUACUACAUGAGCUUGAGCUGCGACCCGGAGCGGAUGUUUUCAACUUUGUGUGGACCUUUCUGGGAAUCCGAAGUCCCUUGCAACCUCGUUAGCCCGUGGCUACAUCCAGCUCUGAACGAGGUCAUCACCAGCUCGCUCCCAGUGGCAACCCAUGACCAAAAGGCUGAUUUUGUACCCGGUGCGCGUGAAAAAGAGCUCAGUGACUUACUCAGUGCUCGUGACCAAGAAGUCUUUGCUCUGCUCUGUGCUAUUCGCCGCCCCAGUAUUGGUGCAUUAUGCAUCGGAGCCGUCAUCAGUGGCUUGGGCCCGAGGAUAGUUCGCAGGGUCGAGAACGGGCAUCCCCCACUAGACCAGCAUGCUUUUGCUUGGACUGGUAGUCCUCAAUGCUUCCACGAUUUUUCAGGCGUAGGUCCAUACCGAUCUGAUGGUUCUGAUUUCAUUGCGAGACAAGAUGUUUGGCGCUUGCUUCAUCUCCCGAAGACUGAUCCUGAUGAUGUGUUCUUUCACACCAGGCCCUUUGGGUGCUGGGCCCCAUGUGGAAAGUCCUCAAUCUUCAACUGUGAUCUGCAAGUUGCUUCACACUUCGAAUGCCCCCGACAUGAGUUCUACUAUGACCAUUGGAGGUGGAAUCUUGAAGAUGGAUCUUCCUUUGAUGACUAUGGAUUUUCAAGGGAGCUCACGACGCCCGUACCUAAAGGCCUCUCCGACAUUCUUGAGACGGCAAACCCCAUAUGUCUUAAGACGACGGAUUUGGAUGCCGAACAGGAAGCUUCUGUGGAGGCUUGCCAUCAAAUUUUCCGAUGGUUGGCCGACGGCGAUGAUGGUUUUCCCUCCGAAAAAGUCUAUCAGGAUGAUUGGAUCAAGGAAAUUGUGGAUUGUGACGAUUCGAAUGAAGAAAGUGAUAAAGAGAGUCGUGAGGAUGAUAACAAGCCAAAAUACGACAGUGAGCGCAAAUCACAAAUCCAAUCAUGGGUUGAUUCGACAAGUCUCGAGGUAUCGUGUUGA